GAAAAUCAUAUAAACUUUUACAACCUACCAACACAAAGAUACAUUAGAUUAGAACAGGCAGAUUACUUGAACAAUGUAGUGCUGUUGACAAGACUGCAUCUCCCUAAAAAAUUAUAGUUUAGAGUGUAGCAGAAGAACUUCAAAACUGCAAUCGGAGGAAAUGGAAAACCUCGAUUUUUCAGAAGAGGAAAUUCAACAGCAGUUGGAAGCAUUUGGUUACCACAACAUACCAAGACACCGACUGCGUGAAUUCAAAAGAGAUUUGGACGAGCUGAUUCGACAUGAAAAAUCAAAGAGCCAUACAUCUAGUGAGUUUACCUCUCCAAGAUCUCAAAACACCACCUCAAAAAGUCCACCUGCGUUCACAAAGGUUAAAGUCCACCAGGAUAAUACUGCAGCACUCAGAAAUGCGGUGUUCCCUCAGACAGAUGGACGGGUGCUCACCUCCACGUACAGCAGAGACAACAGUAACUUUGGUGAUAGACGGGAGGGUUUUGACUCCUACGCCAAGCAUUCAGUGGCCCCAAAGUACCAGCGUCCCUCAACGGCCCCUAACAGGCUGGAGGUGGAUCCGGACCUAACUGACAUUCAGCAGUUAUCUUUUACUGUUAGUCAGUCAUCCACCCCAGACAGAGACACUGAAGCACAUGGGAGGCCAUUUAUCAAAAGGAAAGUCCUUAGGAAACGUCAAGGCCAAGUUCAUGUGUGUGAUGAAUCAACACAUAGUGAAGAUUCAGGUGCAGUGAGUGGGCUGGAGGAGCGCCUGGGAGGCCUGCGGGUGUCCCCCUCCGCCUAUCAGGACUCUGAGUUGGAGAGUGAGGACGCCGGGAGUCUGAGAGACCAGCACGGGCCGGAGUUGGGCGGUCUCAGUGCCUUUGAAGCCUACAUCCGAAGAAUGGCCAGAUCUCGGAGUGAUAGUGACAUUAGACCCCGGCCCAAGUCAUUUAUACGACCAAUGAGGGAUCAUCCUCACACCAGAAACCUGAAGAAGACCGACCCAGUGGCAAAGUAUUUCCAGUACAAGCAGGACUGGGAAAUGUUUAAAGCACCAGGAGAGAAAGACAGGAAAGCUCUACACUGGGAAAUCAGGGAACAGCUGGCGUUCCAACCUCCGCCAUCGAAGCCUCAGAGAGUAUAUGUGCCCAACACCUACGUGGUGCCGACCGAGAAGAAACGCUCCACCCUCAGAUGGGAAAUACGUCAUGACUUGGCCAAUGGUCUCUUACCGCCCACCAACUAUCGACUCUAGGACUUACAAAUAUGCCCUUUUAAUCACCAAUUUGCAUUGGUAUUAUAUUUAUUCCAGGUUUUUAUUAAACAUUAAAGACAUGACAA